GAACGAUCGAUGCACUCCAGGUCCCACACAUUGAAGUCGGACCUGAGUCGCUUAAAAAUUUGCAGAAAAACGUGCGAAAAAUAAACCUACACUUUCUCGAUCCUAGUGAAUUGUGAACAGAGAUCAGGUGCAAAGAGUUCAUACAACCUUAGGGAAACGACAGGUAUCAGCAGAAGCAUUUAAAAAACUUGAAUGACGAUCUCAUGAAGAAAGAAUGCCAAUCCAAAUGAUAGAACUCACAGAAGAAUUCAUACUCAAGGAAAGGCUUGGUGAAUGCAAGCCUCAUGUGUCUGGGGCCCUCAAUGCCUGCAGAGAAUACCAGCAAGAAAGUUGUGCAAGAGACGUAUGCUGUGUGUGCUAGCCAAAGGGAGGCACAUGGCAGUCCUAGCAGGCAGCCACCACGGCACAGACCCAACUUAUUUGCAGGCCGUGGCAGUCCCGCCCACAGAGCUUUCUGCCACCCUGGGAGCACGCGUGGAGCACAUCUUGGUGAACGAGCCUGGGGUCCUCUCUGAGGUUGUAGCAGCUGCCCUUGAUCUUCCACAGGACUUUGUGACGGAGCUUAUCCGGUUUGGGGCAGUCCACUGGUGUCCCGUGCUGCCCGUCAAGGCAGGGCCACCAGUGGAGAAGUAUGCGUACGUGCGUGUGCAUGUGCACCCCAAGCGCUUUCCCAGCGCCUACAAAGUUGACUGGAAGGCACGAAUCGUGCAUGCUGCGCCAGACUUUGUGGUCAUCAACAAACCGGCCGGCGUGCCAGUCGUGCCCACGGUAGACAACAUUCUCGAAUCGUGCUUGGCCUGCACAGCUCAGGCACUUGAUGAGGCAUCUCCGCUGCUGAGCACACACCGACUGGACACCUGCACAGAGGGUCUGGUGGUUUUGGGCCGCAAGUACGAGUUUGUGGCUGCCUUCAACAAGCUGCUGGGCCAGCCUGGCGCCCUGCAGAAGUACUACAGAGCUCUUACGAAACAGGCGCCCCCUACAGGCGGGCUGGUGCACUAUGUGACAGUGGGCAAGAGGGUGAAGGGCCUGCCGGCACACACAGAGGUGCACAGUUCGGCGGUGGAGGGCGGCCAGCGGUGCGAAUUGGAGAUCCUGACUGUGUCCCGCGUGCAGCUGGCCCCGUGUGCUACGGCUCUGGGGUGGCCGAGCUCUGCAUAUGAGAGCUUGAUCCUGCUCAAAACUGGGCGCACACACCAGAUCAGGGCGCAGUUGGCGGCUGAGGGCCAUCCUUUGUUCGGUGACACAUUGUAUACGCCCUUGGCUAUGACUCUUCGCCCCAGCAGCGAUGCUAGUCACGAAAUGGGGCGGAUGAGCAUAAAAACAGUGAAUGACUGCCAGUCAAUGACAGACUGCAGCGGUGUUGAUAGCGAGAUCAGUUUGGGACAGACCGUACAAGUGCCUUCAAGAGGAAAUGCUGUUGACAUCAAUGAGCGUGAGAACUUCAAUGCACAUAACCAAGAGGAGGCAGCAGGUGCUCCAGACAGAUGCGCGGGGAGCAUUCCUGUGCGGGUCCUCAAUGAACCGCUUGCAUCAGGCAUUGGGUUGCAGGCGUGCCGGCUUGUAGUGCAUGCAAAUGACAACAUCAUGGGUUUAAGCCCAGCGGUGUUUGAAGCCCCUGUGCCAUGGUGGCGAGAUGGUGCAUGAUGCAACUAGGCCCUCAUACGUGUAAUUCAAAGCUGAGC